GAUCUCUCUGUGCAAGGAGAAUAUAUAAGAGAAGACUGCGAUCUUCUUGCACUUGUACUGUCUUGGUGUGACACACAAUACCAUUACAAGUUAUUCCUUAGUACAGAGCAUUGAUGUUUUAUAAAUUGAAGUUUUCUAUUGUCUUAAACUUGGGAUCUAAGUCCAGGAACAGUUAUAUUUUAAAACACUAUAGUGUCAAAAAGUAUAUAUGCAAUAAAAUGGAAUCUCUUAGUACAGUAGGAGCCCAAAAUCUAGCUUCGACCGUUUUAUCCAGACAAACGACCGUGCCACUUGUUUCUAAUGUACUGACUAUGGACACAUCUCAUGCUAUGCGGCAAAUCAUGGGUUUUAACAAUCAGACUGUAGUGGAUAAAGUACUUCCGGAUAUGCUGCAUUUGGUCGACUCACAUUGGUAUCAGUUUCCACCACUGGAUCCAAUGUGGCACAAAAUCUUAGGACUCGUGAUGGUCAUACUGGGAUUUAUGGGAUGGACUGGCAACGGUGUUGUAGUAUACGUGUUCCUGAUGACACCCUCGCUAAGAACACCUAGCAAUCUUUUAGUGGUAAAUCUGGCUUUCUCAGACUUCAUCAUGAUGAUCAUUAUGUCUCCUCCUAUGGUGAUCAACUGCUACUAUGAGACUUGGGUGUUAGGACCUCUGAUGUGCGACAUAUACGCAAUGGUUGGCUCUUUAUGCGGGUGCGCCUCGAUAUGGACCAUGACUGCUGUCGCUUUAGAUCGAUAUAAUGUUAUAGUAAAGGGAAUGGCAGGGAAACCACUCACCAUUAAGAAAGCGUUACUCGAAAUUUUGCUUAUCUGGCUCUUCGCUUCGGUAUGGACGAUUUUACCAAUGGUGGGAUGGAACAGAUACGUGCCAGAAGGUAACAUGACCGCUUGCGGUACGGAUUAUCUGACCAAAGAUUGGAGCUCCAAGUCCUACAUCUUGGUGUAUUCAAUAUUCGUUUACUACACGCCACUUUUUACUAUAAUCUACAGCUAUUAUUUCAUUGUUUCAACAGUAGCUGCUCACGAAAAAGCAAUGAGGGAACAGGCGAAAAAAAUGAACGUCGCGUCCUUACGAUCUGGAGAUAAUCAAAAUAUAAGCGCGGAAGCGAAGCUGGCAAAAGUGGCUCUAAUGACUAUUUCCUUGUGGUUUAUGGCGUGGACUCCGUACCUGGUUAUUAAUUAUACUGGUAUAUUCGGUGGUGCCAGCAUUAGUCCUCUGUAUACCAUCUGGGGAUCUCUCUUCGCGAAGGCAAACGCUAUAUAUAAUCCUAUUGUUUAUGGGAUUAGUCAUCCGAAGUACAGAGCAGCGCUGAAGGAGAAGCUACCAUUCCUCGUAUGCGGCUCGACCGAAGAACCGACACCUCCGGAAAAAGUCGCGGAAACAGCGUCCAUGACGACAGCAGCGUAGUGCCUCGUGACGAAUCGUAAAUUCCAAGUAUUAUGUGAUACAAUAUAAUCAGAAUAUACUCUUCUACACGUCGCGCAUGCACGAAAGGUCAACGAAUGAGUGAUCUCGGGUACAUUACUCUUCAUGGACGUGUAAAUUUUGUAAAUUUUAUCCGUAAAAAAUAUGUAUGAAAAUUUGUAAUUUGUAAAGCUUCAAUAGUUGUUACGGAUGGCCGAUUAUGCGAAAAGCUACAUACAUGGGAUUUUGAGUG